GCAGUUUGGGAGAACAUGGCCCGCAUGUGUGUGAAGACCCAAAGGCUGGAUGUGGCCCGAGUCUGUCUGGGGAACAUGGGCCAUGCCCAAGGAGCCAAGGCAUUACGAGAGGCUGAACAAGAGCCAGAGCAAGAAGCCAGGGUUGCCAUGUUGGCAAUCCAGCUGGGCAUGCUGGAAGAUGCGGAGCGACUGUACAAGCAGUGCAAGCGCUAUGACCUCUUAAACAAGUUCUACCAGGCCUCCAACCAGUGGCAGAAAGCCAUGGAAGUUGCCGAGGCGCAUGACCGUGUCCACUUGCGCACUACCUAUUACAAUUACGCCAAGCAUUUGGAAGCUACCGCUGACCUCAGUCUUGCGCUCACCUAUUAUGAAAAGUCAGACACACACAAAUUUGAGGUCCCACGGAUGCUUUCUGAAGAUUUACAGGCCUUGGAGUCUUAUGUCAACAAGAUGAAAGAUAAGGGCUUGUGGAAGUGGUGGGCACAGUACCUGGAAGGUCAGGCAGACAUGGAAGCAGCUUUGAAAUAUUACGAACUGGCUCAAGACUACUUCUCCAUGGUCCGGAUUCACUGUUUCCUGGGCAACAUCCAGAAGGCGGCUGAUAUUGCAAAUGCUACAGGGAACUGGGCAGCCUCCUAUCAUGUUGCCCGCCAGUAUGAGAGCCAUGAUGACAUCAAACAAGCCGUACACUUCUAUACCAGAGCCCAAGCUUUUAACAACGCUAUCCGACUGUGCAAGGUAUUGUCGACUCACCCGUCAUCCCAUCUUGGAGCAUUGUGCUUUAACUAAGAGCAGUGGUGGAUGCAUUUGGCCACAACACCUCCUAUAAUACCUGUAAUACUUCCAGAAAAUGAAGAUUUGCAGGGCUGAAGAUUUGAA